AUGUCAACGCCUCCAAACAAACUCUCAGUCAAGGUUGAAGGUAAUCAACUCAUCUUUUACAAUCCCAAUAACGAAGUCGAAGAUAAUAUUGGAGUAACCUUCCACAGAACACUUCGUAUUCCAGACGAUGGCAAGAUCUAUCCAUUGCCACCAUCAUUGGGUUCCUUUCCAGUGAAACGAGUCGAUGAUUAUCUCGAUCGAGUGCCAGAAGCUUGGAAGAAACAAGGAGGAGUUUUCAUUCCUCUCUAUCAACGAGAAGCCAUGUGGUUAGAAUUUAUGAAUUUCAAUUCGGAAUAUCCUCAUGCUUUGAAAAUUGCUGUCGGAAAAGUGAAUGCCUUAUCGGGAGAAACUUGGGAUGAACAAAUCAAACAAAGAAAUGUUCAAGAUUAUGUAGUCACACCAUUGCAACCAUGGUUGGAUGGUAUCAAUGCAGGAGAUGGAUACAUUAAGCAAUUUGUGGCCAUGCCUCUCGGAGGUGGUUACACAGUUGAAGGUCAAGUGACCGGUGAGGAAAAAGUGGGUGGUACACAAAUUAUUGCCUACGCCCCACAUCAUGACAAACGCUUGAAACAAUUCCCAUCGAGAACUGUCACCACUCUUCCUUCUGAUUCAAAACCAAAACAAUCUGGUUUUGGCUUUUUCUCCAAAUCAAAGAAAGAUACUGCAAUUCAACCACCUUCACAACCUCCAAAACCAUACUCUUUUGCUCAACCAUGUUCGGCAAGCUCCUGCUUACCGCCACCACCUCCAUCAGUACUUUCAUCAUCGUGUUCUACAACUACGUCUUCCUAUGUAAUCCCACCUCCUAUGGUCAAUAGUCCAAUGCCACAGUGUGAAUCCGCGUCAAGCAACUAUGAUAUGCUUGAUGUAUGUUGUGCAACGGAAUCCUCCAUGCCAAUGCCACGAUCAUCUUCUUCAUCAUCCUCAAUCCACAACCAAGUGAAAUUAGAAUCAAAGAAGAAGCGAAAAUCAGAAAAUAGCCAAGCCAAAGAAUUAGGUCUUGCAGCAGGUGGUAAAAUGAAACAACAAAUUAUUGAAGACCCUUAUGGUUAUUCCUUCUGGGAUGAAUCGACAAAAUCAAGAAUUUUCAUUCACAUUGUCAACAGUGAAAUGUACAAGGAAAUAACUGGUGAGGAAGUUCCUCCAACACCUAUUACUGCUCAGACCUAUUCCAGUUACAAUUAUCCAUGGUUUGAUUUCUACAAUGAAGAUGUUGGCUCUGUUGGAAAGAGCAACAUUUUGAGUCAAGUUAAAACUGUUAAGGAAAUUGAUCAAGAGAAAUAUGCUUGGCCUCAACAAAACGAUUCCUCAGUAACUAUCAAUAAUGUGACCACCUAUAAGGGUACUUUUAAUAAGAAUGAUGUGAGAGAUGGAGAUUGGUAA